AUGUGGACCCCGUACGGUCGUUGUUUCCUGCUCAACUCGCUGCAAAACAAUAAUCGUAAAUCGGAGCAUUGGUUACCGGCCAGUAUCGACCGGAGUGAUAACUCAGAGCUUAAACUGGUAGUGAAUCAGUCAGUACGGGUGGACAUACUAAAUGAGGAGGAUUUGCCAAAUCCAUCGCUGCCCUCUGUGAAUUUCUUAUCUGGUUUAGGAACGAUAAAAACCAUUAAAUUUUACACAGAGGCAUUGGUUAAUGAUCCAGACAUUAAAGACUUUUCACCAGAGGCUCGCGAUUGCUACUUUCCUAAUGAGGUGCCGCCAAGGAGCGUAUUUAAGGCGUAUAGCUACAGUGCCUGUAUCACCGACUGCACCCGAAUCCAUCAAAUGGAUCGAUGCAACUGUUCCCUCUACCACUAUAAUCCCUUCAACGAUCAACGCUUUCCCGACUGUGACUACGAAGGCUAUCUAUGUGUGGAGCGGCUAGGACUUAUAAGUUCGGAUUUGCAAAUGAUGAAAAGGAAUAAACAUACUAUGUCUUCUUGCGAAUGCUUGCCCUCCUGCACGGAAGCCGACUUGAAGAAUAUAUAUUCGUACGAAGAACACGAGUGA